GGUUGUGGGGGGGUGGGAGUUGCUACUUUCUAGCCAUUUGGCAGAGAGACUAGCUAGCACUUGCGGGCAGAGCCUGGGUUCUUCUCAGAACAGCCUUCUCACAGCGCUGCUGCCUGGAAUGGGCACAUUCUGAAAGCCCUGGCCUAGUUUGACAGUGAGACUCUAAGCUUAGCUCACUGCCCACCCUGAAGCAGCACCACCCCAUGCCUGGUCCCCGGUGUCCAAGAGCACCCCAAGGGGAAAGCUGCAAUGGUGUCACCACCACGAAGAUCUUGGGGAAGCCAGGUGUCUGCAGCAUCUCUGCCACUCGAGCAAGCUGGGCCCGGCCUCUACAGCCCCAUGGUGGUGACCCAGGGCCCCAAGACCACUGGGAAGCACCUUCUCCUCUUCCAUAACUGGCUGUUCCCCAGCAAGGAGAGGUCUACCAAGAGCCAGAGACUCAAACAGAAGUCACACCUGUCUGACUUGCAGGUGGCCUCCUGUGACAAAAAGGAAUGACACAAUGAGGACAAAAGCCCUGAUCUCAUUAUCAAUGGAGGAAAUUCUCUUCUCUUCACCAUGGCCUCUGACCCUUGUGUCAAGAUUCCGUGACUGUCAGCCUUCUCAUUACAGGACCAUCAACCACAGUCUCCAGGAAGCCCCUGGUCCCUUAAUUAUCUCGUGACUAUUACAACAUAGAGAAUGUGGGG